AUUGAUUUAAGAAGAAAAUAUGGCAACUACAAUAGACAAUAUGCCAGUACAAAAUGAACAGAAUACAGAUAUUGAUAUAAACGAUCUAAAAAAAUUACUUGGAUCUCUCAAAGCUAAAGUAGUAGAUUUGAAAGUACAUAUGCGUCCUUUGAUAGAAAAACUGAAUAAUGGUCAACUUCAAACUAAUAAAGGUGUUUCAUUCUUGGAAGCCAAAUAUCAGAUCAUGUUACAAUAUAUUUUACAACUCACAUAUUUCGUUCAUUGCAAGUUAUCUGGAAAACAAAUCAAAGGUCACCCUGUUGUGGAAUCUUUAGUGGAAUUACGUGUGGUAUUGGAACGUAUGAAACCUAUUGAAGCUAAAUUGAAAUAUCAAAUUGAUAAGUUGGUACGUACUGCUGUUUUGGGAACUCAACAAGAAAAAGAACAAACAGCCAAUGAUCCAUUAGCCUUCAAACCCAAUCCAACCAAUCUUUUGAAUAAGGAAGAAGAUGAAGAAGAUGAAGACGACGAGGAUGAUGAUGAUGAAAUGAAUAAUUAUACCAAGGGUAAUAAAUCCAAUGGAGGUAUUUAUCGACCACCCAAGAUGGCACCUGUUACUUAUGAUGAAACGGGUGGUAGUAAGAAGAGCAAACAAGAAAAGAAUGAAGAACGAUUAAAGGAAAAGGCCUCAAGAUCAAGAUUGAUGAAGGAUUUAAUGACAGAAAUGAAUGAUGCCCCUGAGGAAUUGGAUGCUCUUGGUGGUGUGAAUGAAGGUACUGGUUAUGGUGAACGUAUGGAUCGAAAAAUGGCAGAAAAGAAUGAUUAUGAAGAAAACAAUUAUGUCCGUUUACAAGUCACUCGCAAGGAAAAGAAACAUCUUAUGGCCAAGAAUAAAAUGCGAUUUGAAAGUGAAUUUGAUAAUCUGAAUGAUUUUAGUAAUCUGGUGGGUAUUCAGGAAGUAGAUGAACGAGAAAAUGAACGAUUUAGAAACGUAUUGAAUCGAAAAUCACAACAUAAGGAUAAACGAGGACAUAAACGACCUGGUAAAUUCCAUGGUGUAGUGGAUGGUGAAGGUGCUUCAAGAAAUAAAUUCCAAAGAAACGUUAGCUUUUCCAAGAAACGACAAGGAAAUCAAUAAUAAAAUCAAUCAUAUAUUAGCAUCAUUAUCAUCAUUAGUAUACUCUAGUUAGAUUCAUUUUCAUUUCUUUUUUUUUAUUAUCAUAUAUUCUCAAAUAAACAUUCACACAUUUACAAUGCGGUCUUUUU